AAUCACAAUCGUUAAGUGUCAAAUUCAUUCAAGUAAGUUCGCUCGUUACAACUUUUUUUUGUUGUUCCGUAGAUAUGAUUUAGCUAAGUAAUGUUGUGUUCUGAUUAUUAUGAAUAAUUAAAAGAAUUGUUUUAACAUCUAUAAAAAUUGUGUUAAAAUGGCGAAAUGGAAAUUAACUCGUCAACAAUUUGGAGCCGAAGAAUUCACCCUUUCUGAAGGCGAUACGGUAACUGUCGGUAGAGGCAAUAACAACAAAAUAACACUUUCAAGCGCUGUGAUAUCCAGGAACCACUGUGUUAUACAUGUACACAACAAUAGAGCCCUGCUAACAGACCUACAGAGUUCUAAUGGAGUGUAUGUUGGUAGCAUCAAGAUACCUCCAAAUACUCCAUAUGUCAUUCAAGAUUCAGAUGUUAUUGGAUUAGGAUGGACUAUGGCAGCACCCCUCGUCAAUAUAAAUGACACUGAAAAAUAUGUUUUCAAAUUCAUCAAAGAAAAACCAGGACAAUCUAUUACAAGUAAAAUUAAAUUUCAAGGUGACAAUGAUGAUGAUAUAGAAUCACGUGUGGCUAUGUUAGAUGCCAUAGUAAAAGAAGAAAAGCCAUUUGUUGUAAACGAAACAAACAAAUCGCCCGUGUUAAAUACCAAAGUACCACAAAAGAGGAAAAUAGAAAAUAAUAAAAUUGCUAUUAAACAAGAACCUGAGAGUAAUAACAUUGACAAUAUCAAUGACAUUCCUAAUAUAGUGCUGUCUGAUAGUGAGAAUGAGAGUGUGCAACCACCCAACCAGGGUGCAAAAAAACCAAAGCUUGAACCUGUAAGUGAAGAACAACAAAAGCAAACAUCCAAAGAUGCUGAUAUUAAUAUGAAGAAUGAAAAUGAUUUAAUAGAAUUUGCUUUCAAUGUCAAACAAGAAUACAUUGGAUAUGAUGAACCAAUACAGAUUGAUGACAGUGACAGUGAUAGUGAGUCUGAGCACUGGCUAAUGCGACUGUCCCAAAGUUCACCUGGAAAACCAUUUUUGAAAUCACCAAAAAUAAGUAAAACUGAAAACUCACAAGAAGAUUCAUAUAGCCAGCUAGAUGAUUUUCCUUGCGAUGACUAUGAAAAUGAAGAUGUUAUGGAUGAUCUAAUAUCUCUUCCUAUACCUAUUAACCAGGAAUUAAAGGAAAUACCUGAUCAAGCUACAAGUAGUAAAGUUCAAGAAGAACAUGCUCAAGAAUCAAAUGAUAAUGUAGAUUCUGAGGAAUUGUUUGAAGAUAUAUUGACAAAACAGACUUCAUCUAAAAACACAAAUGAAGAUGAAAUUGAUGGCUAUAAUAUUGAGGAAUUAUUCAAAGAAGUAGACAGCAUUCUAAAAUCACCUUUACCUGGUGAUUCAAUGAAAAAGGCUCAAUUAAUAGAACCAAUCGCUUUAUCAUCAAAAAGUAAACCCAGUCAUCCAGUUGUUGAAGUUAAACCUAAAAAGUCUUCAGCUAAGCGUACCAAACAAAAACCUUCAACAUCCUCAAAACCACACAUCUCCAACAGUCAAAAGGAAGAGCGUAAAAAGAGAUUAAAAGAAAUAGCUUGUAAAAAUAAGGAAACAGAAGUAAGAAAAAGCAAAGACACUGUAGGUGAUAACAAACCAGUAUCAACAAAUGUGAAGGUCACUACUACAAACCGUGGCGCAUUUUUAAUUGAUGAAUCAAAAGCUAUAGUUAGUCAAGUAAACAGGAAAGAACAUAAUAGAAGUAAGGAUAAAAGUAUCAAUUUAUCACCAAAACCUAAGGAAGCUAAGAAUAGGGAUGCCACUGAAGACGUAGAAAAUAAAAGAAGGGAACCAGAAAAGUUAGACAAAUCAAAAGACAAAAUUAAAUGCUCUAAGCACAAAGAUCGCAGCAAAACAGAGCACAGAUCAGACAAAUCCUCGACUAAGCCUUCUGUGAAAGAGACAAGGGUACCUCUCAAAAGUUUAAAACCAUUAACAGACAGUGAAGAGUCUAUUUCUGGAAAGCCAAUAUCCAAAGUAGGGCCAUUAAAACCUGAAAAAAUGAAGAAAAAGGUAAGGUUUUCGGAGAAUGCGCCUCAGGUGCUAGAAUUUGAAAUUGAGCCUGGGAACAGGAUGAAGAAAACUAGUUUGGUUAAAACGACACUGGUUGAUGUGCGCCAGUCACCUGUGUUUUCGUUAGAAAAGAUAACUCUAAUGAAAAUUCUUCGCUGGAACCCACAAUGGCUAGAAGAACAGCUGAAUAACAAUGAGCCUCCACCAAUCCUAGGUCACAAUAAAAUACCUUUGUCAGUUUUCCACUCAUUUGUAAACCACAGUCAAUAUGUACAGCUAAUUGGAGAUUUACUUUUGAUGGAAAUUUGGGAAUGUUUAACUAUAGCAUACAUGAAAAUACGUAAUCAAAAUGUUGGAUUAGAAAUGAGAGUAGAGUCAUUGCCGCCCAUACCUCCACAAGAACGAUGCCUUGAACUUUUCAAUCUCAGUGUUAAUAUUUCCGUUCCCGCAUCCGAAGCUAAAUUUAAAGUUCCCAGGGUAGGAGAAGUACUUCUAGUUACUUUUGGACCAGAAAAUGCGAAAAAUCAAAGGUUCUUUUAUGUACACAAUGUGAGGAGUCUACCAUCUCCUUCAAGUAACCGACGCGCAUUCUUCAGUGUUUCACUGCACGCCACAUUUGCGGAUAAAUUGAAAACCCUAAAACCAGGGGAGCUAAUGAUAGGUCGGAGUUUAGCUUUUAUAAACAAAGAGUUACAGUUAUUUGAAGCUAUGGAGUACUUAGCAGGAUCCCCUCUAAGUGACGCCAUACUUCGACCGGAGCCGCAUCAUUUUAUAAAACCUCAAGAGGCCCCGCCACUUCUAAAUACUCAGUGGACAGCGACUCUGAAUCCGAGUCAGCUGGCGGCAGUGAGUUCUUCAGUGACGGCGGCGCUCGGCGACCGGCCUUCUAUACAAAUGGUACAGGGACCUCCGGGCACUGGCAAAUCAAGUGUUAUUUGCGCGAUCGUGAUGACAUACUUUUAUAACGCGCAUGGCAAGAAGCAACAGAAUAGGGGAAAAUUGUUGAUAUGUGCUACAAGCAACGCCGCGGUCGAUGGACUAGUCCUUAGAUUAUUAAUUCUAAGACAAAGUUUACCUAAACCGGAGCGGUUUCGAAUGGUACGCGUAGGACGUGAGGAGGCUAUGCAUCCUGAAGCCGCCAACAUAUGCUCGCAACAACUGGCCAAGCGGGACGUGGCCAGGAUAAACUCCGAGCAACCUACCGCACCCAGCGGACUAAAUGAAGAGAUUCUUCAUGUUGAAGCAAAAAUAAAUAUGUGGAAGACUCAAGAGAAAGACGCGAAGGAUCCGUCUCGAGUGGCGUACUGUCAGGGACGGAUUGCUGAUCUAGAGAAAAGGAUGACGUUGUUACGUUCGGGAGGCGGACGAGGUGGCGCCGGAGAUACGCUCAGUUCAGAGCAGUUUGCGCAUGUGGAACGACGGAUCAUAGAUGGCGCUGACAUCAUCGUCACCACGCUCGGCAGUGCACAGAGCUACAAAAUGAGAGGGCUGAAACGCCGAAUAGCGCUGUGUAUAAUAGACGAGGCGGGGCAAGUGAUCGAACCCGAGACGUUAAUACCUCUCACACUUGACGUGACGCGGCUCACGCUCAUCGGAGACCCUCAGCAACUGCCCGGAUUUAUCUGUUCUCAGAGAGCAAAGCAACAUGGUCUUAACGAGAGCCUGUUCUCUCGCCUGAGUUCAUGCUCGGAGCACUGGGCCGGCGGUAGCCCCGUUGUACUCUUGAACCAACAGUAUCGCAUGCAUCCCGACAUCGCCGACUACCCCAGCCGAGCCUUCUACAACGGCAGAGUCAUGAACGCACCGCCUCUAAGACCGAGCUUACCUAUACCACCGUAUAACAUCGUCGGGAUAUCCAGUGGAGACAAGGCACAAGGAGUAAACGGUGCUAAUGAGAUGGAGGCGUGGGGUGUGACUCGCUUGGUACUGGCGCUGUCGCAAGCGCUGCGCCCCGCCGCAAUGAGCAUCGCCGUCAUCACACCGUACAACGGACACAAGGAUCUCAUCAAGAGACAUCUCAAGGCCUUAAAUCUGAGUGAGGGUCAAGUAGAGGUGAACACGGUGGACAGCUUCCAAGGCCAGGAGCGCGACGUAGUGGUGGUGUCGCUGGCGCGCAGUCAGGGCGUCGGCUUCCUCACGGACGCCGGCCGCAUGAACGUCAUGCUCACUCGCGCCCGCCAUGCCAUGAUCAUCUGCCUCAAUCCACAUGCGCUACUGAAAAAUCAACAAUGGCGAACUCUGGUAGAAGAUGCACAAAGAAGAAACAUGUACAGAGUGCUUCCGCACAAAAUGUGCCAACCGAUAACGGCAGCACAAAUACCCAGUGACAACAUAUUGGAAUAUAUUUCUUAUAGAAAACACAGCAAUCACUCCCAUCGUUAGUACUGUAACAGUUCUGGUUGUAGGACUAACUGUUACACUAAUUGUUGUGCUUCUUAGAUGUCCGAUACGACGACAAUGUUUGAUGAACGCUUUCUAACGGUUAACGCUUUUUUUAAUUAUUUAAUUAAGCCUAUCGACUUUCCGUUAUCAAGCGAAGAAAUUUGUGUGGAGUUACUAGUACCUGUUGUAAUCUAAAUAUGAAAUUAUUGUAAAGCAAACAAUAAGACGCUUUGUUCGAGUAGUUGCAUGUGCACCUGCCGAGCAAGGGGGUUUGGGUUCAAUCAAAUUGGCAAAAUAGAUAUCUAUUUUUUUUUUAAGUUUUCAAUAAUAGCAUGUACUUCUGGAUUCUGACUGGUGUAUGACAAUAAGCCCACCCCUAUAGAAUGGUACUUAUGUAACUGUUCGAAUUAUGGCAGUAAGAUUUUAUAAUGUGUAUCUUUGCCUACCUCCUUCAAGGAAAAGAGGCAUGGAGGUUUGUUCAAUGCUUACAUUAACACGUGACAAAACAUUAAGGAAUUAUUAAUAGCUUUACUUUUAAGUUGUAAGAUUAUACUAGUUUUAUACUAAAAUGGACUAUGAAGUACGUAACACUGCCGGGUACGUAGUAAUUAUGAAAGUAAACGUCUCUUUAUUUUGAUACAUUUUUAGCAGACUUCAGAAAUGUUUACUUUCAUAAUAUAAUGAAAUGAUUUAGUGAGUCUCAUAAAUAUGGUAAAUGAAAGUAUAGUGUGAAUGUUCUUCGAGGACAAGGAUUUAUAAACAAGAAUUACGGUAAAGUCAGGACAAAUGUACCGUAUUUUCCUUUGAUAUUGUAAGACUGAUUGAUGAAAGGGUCGGCCGUGUGACGCCUUGUAAAUAAUGCUUGGAUCUAAAGAAGUUAAAGUUCUCAGAGCUGUUGUUGAUAAAAGAUCAUACAUUACGUUAUGAUUAAGUCAGUAGGAUUAAGUAUUUUGUAGUAAUUGUGUUACUCUAGUACUACCACCAACAGGGAUUUUGAUAAGACAAUAACAUACGUCGUGAGAGAGAAAAGUUCUUCGUUAGAUGCCCUAGUUUUUAACAUUAAAAUUUGUGAUGGGGACCUGAGCAACAUCACCAUCUAAACACCUUAUAACUUUUGAGACAUUAACUUUGUUGUAUUAUCAAAAUUUCUGAUGAUGGUGGUAUAAUAAGUGAUACCGUAAUAAGCAUUCAUAGUGUAUAAUUCAAUUGAAUAAACUAAUAAUAUCUUUAAAUUGAAAAUAUAGCGCUUACAAAACGUUAUUAAAGUAGUUCCUAUUACUACUAAAUGUCGUAUACUGCGGUUGCUUUAUUCGUAUUUUCCAAUAGCUGGUAAUUUGAACACCUCCAUUCUUUCAAAUAUACUAACUAUUAUAGAGGUAGCUUCGCGCAUGUACAAUAGAGUGCGCCAAUUAGUUAUGUAACAUUCCGCCUUUCCACUCUUCUGAUGAAUGGCUAUAAAAAAUAAGUAAUGAUUGCCAUGGAGCGCUUCAAUAGCCAUUUCAGCGUCGUAAAUGUAUUUUUGAAGCCCAUAAAAUGUUGUUACAAGUGAUAAUUAAGUUUUAUUGUUAAAAUAUUGGUAAUUAUUAAUUAAUGAUAAAACAUUUGCUUUCCAUUAAUGUUGUCUAAUAUUAAAAUUUGUAUUUUUGCUGUAAUAUUAUCUCUUGUUAAGUUGUUGCUUUUUUCGUUUUAAAUAUGUAUUAUUGAGCCUAUUACUGCAACACCAACCACCUCACAGACUAACAGUUGUAAUGCAGUUAAAAUGUAUCUAAAAUUCUUAACAUGUGAUUUAAUAAGCUGUUUUCAUGUACAUAAAAAUGUAACAUUUACAAAGGUAAUUAAAUAAUUUUAUAUUGUUAUAUCUAA